AUGGGGAUGGAUAUUAGUAAAAAGAAUGCAGGUAAUAGGAGCAAGCAAAAGUUUAUGCAUCGUGCAAAUUUUGCUAGAAUUCGUGCAAAACUAAGAGCAAAAAAGGAUGGAGAAGAAGUCACUCAAGCUGAAAUGUUCAUUGAAACUCGAAAAAGUCGCAAGGGAAAACAAGUGGAUGGGGAAACCCAAUUUACUAUUGAUAAACUUCAAGAAUCUAUUGAAAACUCAGUUGAAGCUGGAACACAAGCAUUUCAAUCAUUGUUUGGAAAAGAAAAACCCGGUAGAGUGAGAUGUUAUGGAAGAACUGUCACACCAUCAUUGUUGAAAAAAAAUGAAGAAAUUUCUUUAAUGAAAAUGCAAUAUGAUGGUAAGAUUUCUGACAUGGCACAAAAGAUGGGAGCAAUGGAGGCACUUUUGAAAAGCAUGUAUAUGCAACAAAAUCCACAUUUAAGUGAAGAGGAAGUAGAUGAUAAGAUGAGAGAAGCUUUGCACAAUGAUAAUAUUCCAACACCACGCUCAUCAGCAUCAACAUAUGCUCCUACUAAUCAAAAGGUUGGAAACAAAGAUGAUCCUCAAGAUGAACAAGAUGAUGAUCUUCAAGAUGACGAUAAUCUUCAAUAUGAUCAAGAUGAUGAUGAUCUUCAAUAUGAUCAAGAUGAUGAUGAUCUUCAAUAUGAUCAAGAUGAUAAUGAUCUUCAAUAUGAUAAUUUUCAAGAUGAUGAUUCUCAUGAACCUCAACACAAUGAAUAUGAUAAAGACCGCCAUUAA